CCAGCAGAUGACUCAUAUAACCACGAGACAGCAGAGAGUCUGGAUGUGUGCCGUUCUCGCAAGUGGUGAAUAAGACUCGGUGCCUCAUAAGUGAGUCCGUCCGAUAAGUGACUCAUCGUGCUUCACCACGUGCCAAGAACUUAGUGUUGUGUGUGGACGGGAUAGUUAUGGAGGCAACCAUGUACGAGGACGGAUCAUACUCUAACUACUCUAGGGAAAGUCUCAACCAGAUGAAGCGUAGACUGACCCUCGACCUGAACAACAGACCGUCCAAGAAACAGCGCCCAGGAGGAAACUUCAACCCUCUCCUCACCUCCCCAGACCUGAACCAGCUGAAGUUAGCCUCCCCGGAGCUGGAGAGACUCAUCAUUCAGCAAGGUAGUACUAUACUCGGCAACGCCUCAACCACGCCCUCCCAGUUCUUCUUCCCCACCAAAACCGCCACGGUCGAGGAGGAGGAAUUUGCUAAGGGGUUCGAGGACACCCUUGAGCAGCUGCACCACCAGGAUGCCAUCGCCACCAGCAGCAGCGGCAACGUGGUGGUUACGAGCGUGGCGCCGCCCGUGUCUUCGGCACCGCUGCAGUACACUCAGCUGGAUGUGCCGCUGCAUCACGCCCACCACCACCACCACCCACACCAGCAGGUGCCCGUCACGUCGGCGUCCGUGCUGUCGCUGGAGCACCAGCACCAUGUGUCGGCGGCGCACCUGGGGCUGCUGCCACCUGCGCACAUCAAGGAGGAGCCGCAGACAGUGCCCAGCGUGAGUGGCUCCCCGCCGCUGUCACCCAUCAACAUGGAGUGUCAGGAACGUAUUAAGCUCGAACGCAAGAGACUGAGGAACCGCAUCGCCGCCUCCAAGUGUCGACGGAGGAAGCUGGAGAGAAUCGGUCGUCUGGAGGACAAGGUUCGGGGCCUGAAGGGGGAAAACGUAGAGUUACAGGCAGUGGUGAACAAGCUGAAGGACCAGGUGUGUUCCCUGAAGCAGGAGGUGAUGGAGCACGUUAACUCAGGCUGCCAGAUACCCUUCGUGACGCACCAGUGAUGUGACGGCCAGCACCGUCACCGUGCCAGCUCGCCCACCAACGCCCGCACGCCCACCAUGGCCCACCCUGGCCCAUCCCGCGUGUUUGUGCAGCCCCCGUGCGAGGCUAGCGCUCUGCCCUCCCUUACACCACCACAGGGAGCCACAUGACCGCUGCCAUACACCUGCUACAAGGGAGGGGCCGUGGUGCUGGUGCCUGUGACAAGGUGCCAGGCACGGCCCAGUGCUCGGUGAGGCCGUACACGGGGCGGGGCGGUGGGGCUUCGUUCAAGCGGGGCUGGGGGCCGAGCGCCGCUGUACCGGGGUCGCUCUAGUCAAGUGAGCGUGGAGUGCGCGCCCCGCCAUAUGUGCCCCACGCCCACCCGCGCCCACGGCACGCCCGCCACCCACGCCACGCCACCGCCUAAUGUGAUAGUGCCGCGUGUAUGCAAAAUAUGUGCUAAAUACUUCCAUAAUUUGUUAUACCCAUAUUUACUACUGCAGUGCUUUAUCUGACACGUGCGUGAGUCUUAAGUAUGGACACCCCCCCCCCCCUCUGUGGUUCACACACUCAGUUAUUGCUGUUUCAUGUUUGUUUAUGCAGUUUUGAUGUACAAGGUCAGUGAUAAUCCUCUAAGUCAUGUGAGUUACGACGUACCUUGUGUUGUAACUAAAGUAUUACGGUGUUAUGCAAGAGAACUGUACGAAUGAAUUAAAAAAUAAACUUUUAUAUAAAUUA